CAGCAAGCAAGCAAGCAUGCUAGCCGGGCUGUUUGUUGGCGGCGAGGCGCCGGGCGCGAGGCAUGCCGGGAGUUGAAGUCGCCUGGGUCUGAGGCAUUGGGCUUGAGAGGGAGGCUGAGAACAACAAACAACAGGUAGACGUCGCUUCCCGCCUUGGACGCCGGUCGCGUGACUUUUCGGUUAGCAGAAGAGGAGGAGAAUCGAAGGAGGAGACGAAGACGGCAGGCGAGGAGUUUGGGCGGCCGUCAGGAAGUCUGCGAGGGAAGAAAGGUAUGCUUCAAAGGCAGUCUUCAAAGGCAACUCCACAUAGAGCAUGUUGCAGUAGUCUAUCCUGGAUGUAACGAGAGCAUGGACCACCGUGGUCAAGUCUGACUUCCCAAGAUAACUAAAGUAAAAGUAAACAUGCAAGAAGCUUAAAUUCUACAGUCAAGAAGUGGCAACGUUCAAAAGUUUUUGAAUGAAGGAUGGCUACUCCAUAUGUUCCUGUUCCGAUUCCUAUAGGAAGUUCAAGUAGUUUUACUACAAAUAGAAACCAGAGAAGAUCAUCUCUCGGGAGUCUUUCAACAUGUUCAGAUUCUUCAAAGGGACAGCUAGAGGAUUCUUCUAAUGGUAGUUUUAAAAAGAUGAGUGUCCCCGAUGAGAUUGGUGCCACUUCAUCUCCUUGUAAUAGCCCACUUGUAAGGACUAAAUUUAUAGGUAUGAACACAUCUAUGGAAUACUGCAUACAGCCAUCAGAAGAUAGUGAGCAAAAUAUAGACACUAGGAGCUGGGAAGAUCGGCCUGCCACCCCUACGAUACUAGGUUAUGAGGUGAUGGAAGAAAGGGCAAAAUUCACUGUUUAUAAAAUCCUUGUUAAGAGAAAUCCAGAGGAAAAUUGGGUAGUCUUCAGAAGGUAUACAGACUUCUCCAGGCUAAAUGACAAGCUGAAAGAGAUGUUUCCUGGUUUUCGGUUGGCACUUCCACCAAAGCGCUGGUUCAAGGAUAACUACAAUCCAGACUUUUUGGAAGAUAGGCAGUUGGGACUACAAGCAUUCCUACAGAAUUUAAUAGCUCACAAAGACAUUGCUAAUUGCCUUGCAGUCAGGGAGUUUCUCUGCUUGGAUGAUCCUCCUGGACCAUUUGAUAGCCUUGAAGAGAGCAGAGCUUUCUGUGAGACAUUAGAGGAAACAAACUACCGUCUGCAAAAGGAACUCAUUGAAAAGCAGAAAGAAGUGGAAGCUUUGAAAAAAAUAUUAAAUGAAAAAGAGGUUUAUAUACAUGCUAUGGAGAAAAGGAUUGGGAAUUUAAAUUUAGGAGAUACGAAAUCUCAUGCUUUGUCGGGACAGGAGAGUGAGAGCAGUGGAGAAGUAGAAUCAUCUGCAAUAGAGGCAGAUCAAGAAGCCUUGGAAGAAGACAACUGUUCUGAAAAGGAGAUUCCAGAGACUUCUUGGAGUGAUUCAUUGACUGUAAACCCUAUACCAGGAAUUGAAGUUGCUGAAGUAGCUUAUGCAGCUGAUUGAUGAGAUGUAAACACUACCAGCUGCCUUUACAACAGUAUAAAAAUUAAUGAAUCACGAUACCUAGAACACGUUGAACAAAAGCAUAGAAUUCUAUAAAGCAGAAGACAUUGAGGCACAAACUUGAAUGUUUACAUAGACCGACCUUGAAUAAGCCUUUGGCAUAGGAAGGAUAAUCAGUGCUGCAUUGACUCAGCUGUUAUCUAGUCUUUAUAGAUAUAUAUUAAUAAUAUAUUAAAAGCUCUGGUUAAGGCCAGGUCAAGUUAUGCCUAAAACCUGAAGUUGUAUGUAUUAGUUAUAAUUUGUCAAUAUGUAAACCCUGUAUAUCAUAUGUGUAGAUACCAAUCAUGUUUGUUUACCAUUUGGCAUGUUGUAUAUCACAUAUUUGCUCCUAAUACAAUGCACCCUUUUCUAUGGGCAGCUUUUGGUAUCUGGUUUUUCAGGUUCUUUAUAUAGGCAUAUAAAUGUUACCCUAUGGGAACUCUGUAUUUCAGGCUUAAGAGGAUACACCUGUUGUGUUUUUUAAAAUGUUUAAGUGUAACUAAUGGACAUGUAAAUUUUAAUGCAAUAAGCUAGGAAAGCUCAUAGUACCAAAAUAUUUUAAGAAUGGGAACAUGACAGAAGGGAGAUGAUCUUGAAGGAAUAAGUUAUAGAAUUCACACUAUAGAUGUUCACCUUCACUUGAAAAUAAUGUAAAAGUUGAUGAAAAUAUUAAACUGUUUUUUAAAUUCCAUUUUAUUUUUGCCACAUGAUCACAGAAUCAACAAUUCUGCCUUAUAUAAAGAACACUACCUCUUUGUUGCUAAUGCAUAAGUGCGUUCUUUCACAUACAUAUAUUAUGUAUAGAAAAUAUGUGUUGUUAAGCCAUACCUCUGCACAAUUAAUUAACUUGGUUAAGUCUACUUGCAAUGUAUGUGUUUAGAAUAUUACACAUGAAUGUGCUGCAAUUAAUUCUGUAGCUCAUUUCCUUUCAAAUUGUGUGAAGUCCAGUGAUGCACUUUAUAAUAAUAAUUUUAAAAAACCUUCUCAUGCCAAAGUCAUUGUCUUUAUUGUGACUUGAGCUUUUGGACUCAGAGAAGAUGAGCACGGUUUGCAUAUCAGUGCCUCUUUGUAUUUUGUUUGAUACAGAUGUUUGCUAUAAUAGUGUAGCUUGGCUUUAUGGAAUCUUCAAAACCAUUCUGCUCAGCAGUUGUUUGCUGAAAGUGCCUUUUUGUCUGUUCUUCUAGUGGAGAGAAUGCUGCUUUUCUUCAUCUCUGUGCCACCUACUUCUUUGUUUGUAUGCUGUUAACACAGAGUUUCCAUGUGUUCUGGGGUUUCAAUGCUCACUUUGUUUUUUGAGGAGUAAUGACAGAGAUUUCUGUAGAACCAUCUGGAGAAACAAUCUGUGGAAAAUAAAUCAUUGGUCAUGAUGGAAA